AUGUUUAGUUACUUUUGUCAUCAUAACUUAGUUUAACCUUUUCAUAUCAUCAACUUUCCCCAUUUUUCAUUUUUGUUGUCUCGUCAACUUGGGACCUGUGAUGUGGGCAUCACUAAUCAUUUUCUUGAUUAGUUGGACCCAUUUAGAUGCUGAUGGGUCUAUUUCAGCUUCAAAUUCCACUCGCAUUGUAACUUUUAAUCCAAAGUCUCCCAAGUCUACCACAAAACCCAACUCUAAUUAUGCAACUUUACCUUCAUCUUAUGAGUCAAACAUUCGUCCUGGAGAAACCUCUGCCCACCACGAUUCUGUGCUAAAAUCAUUGAAUUUACCAUUGAAUGGUUCGUCUAUUUACAACUGCGAUGCAUCUCUCUAUUUUGCUUGUCGCGAUGGUAGAUGCGUUUCCCUUUCCUAUCUAUGUGAUGGUCGACCUGACUGUGAAGAAGGUGAAGAUGAACUGUUGAAUAAUUGCCCAGAAUCUUCUCCAAAACGUUUUAAUUUACCUGAUUGUGGUUCUCUACAUUAUUGUGUCAACUCAACUUACUGUACGGACCAAACAUGUGAUCAAAUCUUUGAUUGUCCUUUACACGAUGACGAGGUUGGUUGUGCUGUCGAUGUGUGUAUUGACUCUUUCCGUUGUACUGAGGGUUACUGUUUGCCCUCUAAAUUACAACACUGUGAUGGUAAAAAGGAUUGUAUUGACGGUUCUGAUGAAAUUGGUUGUAAUGAAACUGGUUAUAAACCAUGCCAUGAAUUUGCCAAUCACUAUCAAUGUCACGCCUCAGCGAAAUGUAUUGAUGUAAAAGCUCUCUGUGAUAAUAAUACCGAUUGUCCUUACGGUGAUGAUGAAUCGCCUCGUUGUGCUGCUCCUGAAUGUGAAACAUUCGGGUGUAAACAUGAUUGCCAGCAAACACCUACUGGACCAAGAUGCCUUUGUCAACCUGGAUAUAAAUUGGCUUUUGGUGAUAAAAAAUGUGAAGAUAUUGAUGAAUGUGCUUUACCUCAACCUCCUUGUUCCCAUACAUGCGUCAAUCGUCCGGGUAGUUAUGUUUGCCAUUGUAGAGAAGGUUAUCGUUUAGCUGAAAAGGGAACAUGUGUCGCUGAAAAUCACGAAGCUUUAAUUGUGUUUGCCGAAUCAAGCCAGAUACGUGGUUAUUAUCUUACAAGUCGCCGUUAUUUUGAGAUUGGUAAAUCACCAGAAUAUGGUAACUGUACUGUUAAAGGAAUUGAUAUGGACAGUUCUGAGCGAAGUGUCUAUUUUGUUGAAAUUUGUGAUGGAGCUGGCCAUGUUCAUGCUAAAUCGGUAGCUUUUAAUGGAGAUGAGCGUGAUAUUGUUAUGGAUGGUUUGAAAGCUCCUUUAGAUGUUGCCGUUGAUUCUGUGGCAAAUAAUAUUUACAUUGCUGAUAAUGGAUUAAAGCAGAUAAUUGUUUGUCAGAAACAAGGAAAUCCAUGUGCAGUUUUGAUUCGAAAUGGAAUUGAAAAAAUAUUAUCAAUUGUUCUUUAUCAUGAGAAAGGUCUCAUGUUUUGGUCUGAUUGGGGACGGGAAGCAAAUAUUUAUCAAGCUUUUAUGGAUGGAUCUUCAGUUGAAAUGUUGAUAAAAAAUGAUACAAUUCAUGCCACUGGUCUUACUAUUGAUAGAGUACAAGAUCGACUUUACUGGGCAGAUUUCAAGGUUAACCGAAUUGAAUAUUGGGACUUUCAAACUUCCAAACGUGUCUCACUUUACCAUGCACACAAUUUGGGUCCCGAAAGAUUAGGAAUAUUUGAAGACCAAGUAUACUUCACAUCUAAUCGUGGUCGAACGAUUGAUUUUAUUAACAAGAUAGCUGCUACCAAUCGAACUCGUCUUUUAUCAUCACAAAAAAUCUCUGCUUUCCGUCUAUUCCAUCCAGUUCUAUCUCCUAAAAGAGAUAACCCAUGUUGGGAUAACCCUUGUAGCCACAUUUGUACUUUAAAGGGUACGGAAUAUGCUUGUGUGUGUCCAGGUCACCUUGAAUUAGACAUAAAUGGCCAUGAUUGUAUACCCAAAUCCAAAGAUCCUUUUAUUUUGGUUUCUGCAGACAAUCUAAUUAGUCGUGUUUACUUUGAAUCAGUUGGUCGUAAUGUAUUAAUUCCUGUUUGGUCUUCUGAUGCUAUGCUUGGUUGUAUUACAUUUGAUUGGAGUUCAUCAACUAUCUUUGUAUUUCAUUAUGGAAGUAGUGAAAUUGUAGCAGUUAAUUUAACGGAACCUCAUUUUGACAAAUUUGUCAAAAAAGUUUUUGUUCUCAGCAAUCAAACUAUUCAUGGACUAACUUAUGAUAGUUUUACUAACAAUUUAUAUUGGUUAGAUCCAAACAAUGGACUUCUCGAAAUUGGUAAUUCAAAUGGUCAUUCACGAACAACUUUACUCUCUAACCUUGAAAGGCCAACUGAUAUGGCUCUUUACCAAGAGUCAAAUAAAAUUUACAUUGCCAAUCUUGGCUCAGAUCCUCAUAUAAUUGAAACAGGACUCGAUGGUUCCAGACCAGUUAAAUUUUUGUCUCUGGUUGGAUCUUUGCCAACCUCGAUAUUUUUAUGUAAACGUCGUAAGCGUCUUUACUGGUCUGAUGCCUUACACGGGGUUGUUGAAAAGAUUGAUAUCCACGGAGAUGAGUCAAGUCGUUCUACUGUUUUAUCCAAAAGUGGUCAAGUAAUGUCAAUUAUUGUACAUAAUGACACUCUCUAUUGGACUACCAUGCAAUCAGGCUCUAUGUGGUUAACUAAAAUAGGAAGUACCGUAAGAGAGGCAAGUCGUAUAGACUUACGAGUGCCGGACAAUUCGCCAAUAACUAAAUAUAUUUUAUACGCAAAAGAUGAAAAGCUGGUUAGCCAAUGUUUACGUGAUAAUGGAGGAUGUAGUCACAUCUGUGUUUCCGUCGAAGGCAAAGUAAAAUGUUUAUGUCCACCUAAACACAAAUUGAUUGAUGGUUAUACUUGUGAAUUGGAAAGACAUUGUGCUCCUUCAUUGUUUUCUUGUGACAAUGAUCGAACCUGUCUGAUUCCUGAACUUCGAUGUGAUCAUAGAAUUGAUUGUCAAGAUGGAACUGACGAGAUAGGUUGUGGACCUGCUUGUCCUGAUGCAGAUUUCCGUUGCAUGGAAGGUCACUGUAUUCCAAGAGCAUGGCAUUGCGACGGUGUUGGUGACUGUAAAGAUCAUUCAGAUGAAGUUAAUUGUACUUUGGAUAGAUGUGACGAAAAUGCAUUCCAUUGUCCAGAAGGAAAAUGUAUCGAGAAAAAAUGGGUUUGUGAUGAUUUAAACGAUUGCUCUGAUGGAAGUGAUGAAAAAAAUUGUUCAUCAAAGGUUUGUGCUUCUUCCAAUUUCCAAUGUUCUGAUGCAAAAUGUAUUCCAAUCAAUUGGCGAUGUGAUGGUGAAACAGAUUGCUCAGAUGGUGGUGAUGAGGUUGACUGUCCCAAAGUACAGUGUGGAGCCGGUCAAUUCAAAUGUAAUUCAGGAACUUGUGUGGAUGCUAAAAUGGAAUGUGACCGACUAUUUGAUUGUGGUGACCAUUCAGAUGAGCAUUCAGAUUGUAUCUAUAGUUCGGUAACUUGCCCUCCUGAUUUAUAUGGCUGUUCUGACGGUCAUUGUAUUUAUCCAAAUGAAAAAUGUGAUGGUUAUAAUGAUUGUAUUAACCAAGAAGACGAAGAAAAUUGUCCAGAGCGAGUUGAUUGUCCACCUGAUCAAGUUCGUUGUGGAUCGCCUAAUGUUUCAGUUAGCUGCAUUCCUCGUAAAUGGUUGUGUGACAAUGCCAAUGAUUGUGGAGAUUGGUGGGAUGAAACAAGCCCUCAAUGUACAGCACCAAAUCCCGAGACAACAACUGGCAAGCCAUGCAGAGAUGGAAGUUUCCCUUGUAAAUCAGGUGAUUGUAUUGAUUACAGUCAAGUUUGUGACCAAAUACCUCAUUGUCUUGACCAAUCAGACGAAGGUGGCCUUUGUAAUGUAGCUUGUCAUUACAGUAACGGUAACUGUUCCCAUAUUUGUCACCCUUCACCAUCCGGAGGUAAAUGUGACUGUCCACCUGGUUUCUAUUUGGAUACUGAUGGUAAAACAUGCCUUGAUCUGGAUGAAUGUGCUCAAGUUGGUUUUUGUUCACAAUUUUGUGAAAACUAUCCUGGUGGCGCUAAAUGUACUUGUGCUGAAGGCUAUUAUCCAGUCUCUGAAGGCCAUAAAUGUAAAGCUAAUGGUACGGAAGCAUCCUUACUUUACAUGCUUCCAAAUGCAAUUAAAUCAAUCAGUCUUCAUACUCAAACUGAGCACUCAAUUGUACGAAUACGUCCAUUAACAAUGAAAGGCAUGGAUUACGACUAUUUAAAUAGGACCGUUUACUGGAUCGACGGAGAAGCAGGAACUAUCAAUGGUAUUCACUAUGCAGGUGGACAAGCAGAUUUUGAAAUAAUUUCCAAUUUGGAAAGACCAAGUCAUCUUUCAUGGGAUUAUAUUGGUCAAAAUUUUUACUUUGUUGAAUCAGAUUCAAAAAUAUCUGUUUGUAAUGUCAACAGUAAGCAGUGUGGACUAGUGAUCUCAACAGAGUUGAGUAAAAUUGACAGUUUUGUGGUUUCUCCUCAAAACCGUGUUAUGUUUUGGUCUUCGUGGAGUGCCUCUCAUUCAACCACAGACGGAAGAAUUGAAAGAUGUGAAAUGGAUGGCCGUAAACGAACCAAAAUCAUUGCCUUCAAUUUAAACAGUCCAAGCGGACUAACAGUUGAUCCAGUAAUGAAAAUGAUUUAUUGGGUUGACACUAAACAAGAGGAACUGUACAGUGCUAAUUUUAAGGGCAAAAAUAUACACCGACUACUAGAUUAUAGUUUACUUAAACCUUUAUCAAUUGGUGUUUUCGAGGAUUACAUUUACUGGGCAAACACUGGAGCUGAUAAUUUAAUGAAGUGCAAUAAAUUUACAGGCAAAGCUCGUGUUAUUGUUCACCGAGGAAACAUUAAAGCUCAUGCAAUGAAAAUCUUUCACGAAGUUCUUCAACAACCAGAACCAAAUCCAUGUGAAAAUGCAAAUUGCUCUCAUAUCUGUGUUUUGAGUGUUAAAAAUUAUACCUGCAUUUGCCCACCUCAUUUUAAACUCAGCAAAGAUAACCAAACAUGUCAAAUUGAACGGUCACAACCACAAAUUUCUGCGUUCAAUAAAGCCUGUGACUCGAACCCUUGUUUAAAUGGUGCAACUUGCAUUCCGAUUCAUAUUGUUGACUGGGAAUGUGAAUGUCCACCCGAUUUUUUCGGACGCACCUGUGAAACUCGAGCCUCAGAUAUUAACUUGCCACCUUCAUCACACAACUGGAUCAUAAUACUCAUUAUUUUGGUUAUUGUUCUGUUUCUUGUUAUCAUUAUUUACAGAACAGAAAGAUCGCAAAGACUCAAGUUUCUUUCUUCCUAUUUUAGGCCUCUUCGAUCAUCUUCCAUCCUUAAACGUUUCAGUGGUGAUAAAAAGGUUGCUGUAAGCUUCAAGAAUCCUGCUUUUAAUAGUAAUCUAAAAUCUGAUUAUAAAGAUGUGGCAAUGGAAAGCGAAGCUUGUGAAGCCAUGUUGCCCAGUGAGAAAAGCACUUCUACUACAGGAAGAGGCUUCAGUAAUCCGCUUUACGGUCAAUAUAUGGACGACAAUGACCAGCGUGUUUUUAUCAAAGUAUAAAUGGAGACAAACGUCCAUUUGGUUAAAUUUAUUUUAUCCCAUUUAUUAGUAUCAAUUAUAUGUAGAAAGAUCAUUUAUCAAUGUCUGUGAUAUUUACUGUCCAUUGAGAAUUUUUUCUCUAUACUUUCUGUUUAAAUUAUUUACCAUCUUUAUUUGUACCCUUUUUUGUUUCUAUCAAAUUUUAAUUUUAAAUAAAAAACAACUUCAUUUAUAUUUAAUUCAAAU